AAAUAUAGAAACCAUCUACCAAACCCAACAUUUUCAGUUAAUAUUAAACAAAUUAACCAAUCACAGUAACGAAAAAAUAAAUUAAAAAAAUACAGUUUUCCUAGAAUUCAUCUGCUUCUUCCCUCUCACAAUUUAUACGUAGAUAUUAUGACACGUGAAUAGCGAUAAGGUUUUGCUUUUCGUUUUACCAUCUUCCUCACUCUCACACACGCUCAAAAUCCCACUGCUUCAAUCCUCAAAAUUUUCUGCAGAGAGUUUGCAGCACGUCAAUCAUUCCUAGAGAUCUUCCACUUUCUCUCGUAAAAUCCAACGAUAAAGAAAAAGAGGCGAGAUAUUAUAAUUAUUUAACGCCAUGAGUGAAGCAGAGCUUGAUAUGCACAAUUCUGUUUCUAGGGAUCAAAGCGACCGUCUCUGCGAUUUCUGCAACGAGUCGAAGGCGCUGCUCUACUGCCGCGCGGACUCGGCGAAGCUCUGCUUCAGCUGCGAUCGCGAGGUGCACUCCACGAAUCCGCUCUUCAAGAAGCACAACCGCUCGCUCCUGUGCAAUUCGUGCAGUUCCUCGCCCUCGUCGAUCUUCUGCUGCACCGAAUCGGCGGUGCUCUGCCAGAACUGCGAUUGGGAGAUCCACAACAGCUUCGGGUCGAUCCACGACCGCCGGCCGCUGGAGGGGUUCACCGGCUGUCCUUCCGUCACCGAGCUGCUCGGGUUUUUAGGGUUGCAGGAUUUGGGGAAGAAAUCAUUGGAUCUCGGCGGCGGGAACGAUGAGGAGUUUUUGGAUAUGUUGGUGUGGGAGACUCCGUCCGUCGUCAGCCUCGAUGAUUUGAUCGUCGCCAAUGAUUAUGAUCAUUCUGCCCCUGCUUUUCAGGCUACCGGCGUGCCCCCUUUGCCUAAGAAUCGAAAUGCAUCAUGUGGUAAACACAAAGAAGAAAUAUUUUUCCAACUUCACAAGAUGGCAAAAAAGGAUCCAAACUACAGUGGCUCCCUUGAAGAUUUUGUUGAAAACAAUCAACCACAAGUAACUGCAAAAUGUGUGAAGGCAAGUCCUUGCCUCCAACAUAAAGAGGAACCGGAUAGUAAUGUAGAUUGGUGUUUCGGUGGAGGGGUUCAAGAUGAAGGCUUUCCUUCCACAUAUUUUGGUGAUUUCAGUGAGAUGAGCCAUUUGGUGCCGGACAAGGAUUCAGAUGCCGGUUUCCAAGAGAUUCAAGCGUUUGUUCCUGCCGAUUCCAAGGCCUUUCAACUGCUUCCUACUGCUGCAGCGCGUGAACUCAACAGCCAAGAACGAGACUCUGCACUAUCGCGCUACAAAGAGAAGAAGAAAACUAGGAGGUACGACAAGCAUGUGAGAUACGAAUCAAGGAAAGUUCGAGCAGAAAGUAGGAUGAGAAUAAAGGGCCGUUUUGCAAAGAAGGAUCGCUAGUUUCUACUCUGCAACGGUGUAUGAGUGCUUUCUAUAGUGAGAUUGUGAUAAGGCGAUAUAUAUAAUGAUGAGGAAAUUAAAACGAGAACGUAUAUUCUUUGGGUACUAACAGCAAUUUGUUAGGCAAAUGUUAGCUUAGCUUUUCCUAGUUUUGCUGUCGGAAAAUGUAGCUGUUAGUAACACACAUUUGUUUGUUGUCUCCCAACGACGAAUGUGUAUGUGUUUGUAGCCAUGGAAAUUAGUUAUAUGUAACAUGAGAUAUGUAUUGUUAUGAUAUUGAGAAGAGUUGGAACAUGUUAAUUUCA